CUUAUCGUCUCUCUCAAACAUCUUUUACUUUCUCUCUGAUGAUGAUGACGAUGGAGUCUCUUUCCAUAGGCAUUUCAAGUUGUUUACUUCUCCAAAAACACCCACAACGUUCUCCCAAAUUCAGAUGUUCUCUCACUCUCCCCUCUAAUUCAAUCCAAUUGAAUUCUCCUAAAACCAGAAAUCUCUCUCCCGUUUUACAAACUGAAACCCCAAUUCAUCUUAUCUCUCCCAAAUUCUACUACCUAUCUUUCCUUUCUAUGACUCUUUCUUUUCCUCUCAACUCCCUUGCCUCCUCUGGAACUACACCAUCCACUUCAGCUAAACUCAACUUAGAAGCAAUAUUGGUCUCUAUUGAUGAUUUUUUCACAAAGUAUCCAUUCUUUGUUGCUGGGGUUACCUUUAUUUGGCUUGUUCUUAUACCAUUAGCAGAAGAGUACUUGCAAAAGUUUAACUUUAUCUCAGCCGUUGAUGCAUUUGCAAAGCUUCGUGAUGACCCCAAUACCCAGCUUUUAGAUAUUCGCGAUAACAAGAGCUUAGCUUAUUUGCCUUCUCCCACUUUGAGAAUGUUUAAUAAGAGUGUGAUACAGGUUGAGUACCGCCAAGGAGAUGAAGAUGCCUUUCUCAACAGUGUCUUUCAGAAAUUCAACGACCCACAAAAUACUACGCUUUGUGUUAUAGACAAUUUUGAUGGGAACUCCAUUAAAGUGGCUGAAUUAUUGGUCAAAAAUGGUCUCAAAGAGGCUUAUGCUAUCCGAGGUGGGAUAAGAGGCAAGAAAGGAUGGCAGGAGAUCCAAGAAACCCUUCUCCCUCCAUCUGUUCAUAUUUAUCCCAAGAAGAAGGAUAAAGGGUUGCAACCGCAAGGCAGCAAUAAUGGGGUGAUUCAAGCAAAUGAAAUUAAUAGUCAAUCUCCAUCCGCUAUAGGUGUGACCCAAGUUGAGCAGAUAAGCAAUGGUCCCGUUAAGAAGUCUGCUGACUCACCCUCAGCAAUAAAAUGUGGUCCUAGGUCAUCAUCGCCAUUUUCAAAUUAUCCAGAUUUGAAGCCCCCAUCGUCCCCUUCUCCUUCAAAGCCUCAAAAUUGAUGGCAGUUGCAUGUUGUUCCUAUCUCAUCAAUCAUGGAAUGGUGUAAUCUUUGCCAUGUCUCAACUGCAGCUUGACAUGAAUAUGUUUCUGAAGUGAGAAUGACAGAGACACACACUGAAAAAACAAAGCAAAUGAUGUCUGCUCUGAUUUUUCCUUGAUCUACCAUUGAAUGCAGAAUUAUUAGUAUAAUUUUGGGCAUUGCUAGACUUUUCAUUUUUAGUGUAUGUGUUGAACAAGAAUUUUUAACUAGCUCCUUUGUAGCAAGAUCUGUUACCAAAUUACUGCCUAUUAUAUUAAGUCUCUGAAAUGUCCUUUUCCCAGCCA